AUGACCUUCAACUCGAUCAUCAAAGUCUACACAGUAGCUGCAAGUCCGAACUGGUUCAUGCCAUGGCAGACCAAGCAGCAGAGGGAGAGCACCGGGUCUGGGUUCAUAAUCGAAGGGAGAAGGAUCAUCACCAACGCACAUUGCGUCGCAGACCAGGCGCAUGUCAUGAUUCGCAAGCACGGAGACCCGACCAAGUACACUGCGAGGGUGGUGGCAGUGGGACACGAGUGCGAUCUUGCCCUGCUGACCACUGACUCCGAGGAGUUCUGGGAGGGAACUCGACCCCUGACGUUCGGAGGCAUCCCUGAGCUACAAGACCCAGUAGCUGUUGUCGGCUAUCCGACGGGGGGAGACAACAUCUCAGUGAGCGUCGGCGUCGUCUCACGAGUCGAGCCUCAGCAGUACGUGCAUGGUGCGACCUCACUGCUAGCCAUCCAGAUCGAUGCAGCGAUCAACCCAGGAAACAGCGGAGGGCCGGCAUUGAUCAACCAUGAGGUCGUAGGUGUUGCUUUCCAGAGCUUGGAGGGAGCUGAAAACAUCGGCUUCAUCAUCCCGGUUCCGAUCAUCAAUCAUUUCCUCCGAGAUGUGGAGAAGAACAGUGGAGUCUAUGGAUUCCCUGCCCUCGGCAUCAGCUGUCAGGCCAUGGAAAACACUCAGUUACGAUCCUUUUACGGCAUGAAAACCAACGAGACUGGAGUGCUCAUAUGCAAGAUUCGCCCACUGACUGACAGUGCUCAGAAGUUGAAGGAGCACGACGUGAUUCUUGAAAUUGACGGCCAAGUGGUCGGAAACGAUGGGACUGUAGUGUUUCGCAAUCGAGAAAGGAUUUCUUUCGACUAUGUGCUCUCUCGCAAGUUUGCAGGUCAGUCCCGGCUGCAGGAUGUCCAACUUUACUCAGUUGAGGCGCAGCCUCUGAAGCAUUUGGUUCCCAUCCAGCAGUACGAUCUUCUUCCCCGCUACUUCAUCUACGCAGGCCUGGUCUUCACUCCGCUGUCUCAGCCUUACCUGCAUGAAUAUGGCGAUGACUGGUACAACACAAGUCCUCGUCGGCUAUGCGACCGAGCCCUCAUGGGAGAGCAGCAGAUCGAGGACCAGGAGGCCGUCAUUCUCUCACAGGUGCUGCAGGACAGCACAAACGCAGGGUACGAGGCUCUCUGUAACAUGCAGGCAAGAUGUCCUUGA